CCGGCCCGUGCGGGGAGGCGGGGCCGCUAACCGAACCCGGAAGGCCCCUGCUAGGCCAGGCCUUGCUCCGGCGAGAUGCGCGCGGAGGCAGAGCUCGAUGUUUUGCUCCAAGAGGCCACUCGGCGGAGACUGGCGAAGUUUGACGAGCUGAGAGGUAAAGUCACACAAACUGGAGAAUUCUGGGAUGUUGUUGUAAUUACAGCAGCUGACAAAAAACAGGAAUUGGCUUAUCAGCAACAGCUAUCAGAAAAGUUGAAAAGAAAGGAACUCCCUCUUGGAGUUCAUUACCAUGUUUUUGUGGAUCCUCCUGGACCAAAAAUUGGAAAUGGUGGAUCAACUCUUCAUGUCCUUCAGUGCUUGGAAGAAAUGUAUGGUGAUAAAUGGACUUCUCUUACUAUCAUAUUAAUUCAUUCUGGUGGUUAUAGUCAACGUUUACCACAUGCAAGUGCACUGGGAAAAAUUUUCACAGCUUUGCCUUUUGGUGACCCUAUUUACCAGAUGUUGGAGUUGAAGUUGGCAAUGUACAUUGAUUUUCCUACCCAUAUGAAUCCAGGAAUUCUCAUUACUUGUGCAGAUGAUAUUGAACUUUAUAGUAUUGGAGCAACAGAUGUCAUCAAGUUUGAUAAACCUGGGUUCACUGCAUUAGCUCACCCUUCAGAUUUGACUAUUGGUACCACUCAUGGAGUAUUUGUGUUAGAUUCAUCUGCUUUAUCAGAAAAAGAGCUUGAAUACAGAUCUUGUCAUCAUUUCCUACAUAAACCUAAUAUUGAAAAGAUGCAUCAGUCUGGUGCAGUAUGCAUAAGGAGGAAUUGCUCUCAACCAAACUCCUCUGGAGAACACUAUGACUUAAAAAUGGACUAUGAGUAUGUGUAUACAGACAGCUUAUUUUACAUUGAUCAUAGCAUUGCAAAACAAUUACUAACAUUUUUUAAGCAGCUGGAUACUCUUUCCUGUGAAAUAGAUGCAUAUGGUGAUUUUCUCCAGGCUCUGGGACCUGGAGCAACUCAUGAUUACACAAAAAUCACAGAUAAUGUCACAAAAGAAGGAUCACAGUUAGGAGAAAUAAGGCAGAAGCUAUUUUCUCUUCUUAAAGGAACAUCACUUAAUGUUAUAGUCUUAAAUAACUCCAAGUUCUAUCAUAUUGGGACUACACAAGAGUAUUUGUUUCAUUUUACUUCUGAUAGUAAAUUGAAAUUGGAGCUUGGCUUACUAUCUAAAGCUUUUAGCAUCUUUCCAGAUAAAGCAGAAAACUCAGAUAUAUCGGCAUGUGUCAUUCAAAGCAUACUGGAUUCAAGAUGUGUUGUAGCACCUGCCUCUGUUAUUGAAUACUCUAGGCUGGGACCUGAGGUUUCAGUAGGGGCAAACAGCAUUGUCAGUGGUUGUUGCAUAAGUGCUAACAUAGAUGUACCACCAAACUCUUUUGUGAGUUCAUUGAGCAUCAGGGUUAAUGGAAAAGUAAUGUAUGUGAGUAUGGUGCUUGGUGUAGAAGACAACUUGAAAAAGAAUGUGAAAUUGUUGUCAGACAUACAUUCCCUUCAGUUUUUUGGAAUCAGUUUACUGCAGUGCUUGGACCUCUGGGACCUGAGAGUUUCAGACCAACUCUUCUCUGGUGACAAGACAAUUUUGGGUUUGUGGACUGCUCGGAUUUUCCCUGUUUGUUCUACUUUAAGUGAUUCAGUUAGAGUGUCAUUAAAGAUGUUAAAUGCUGUGCAAAACAAGUCAGCUUUUAAACUGAAUGGCUGGAAGCUCCUGUCUAUUGAAGAAAUGCUCUUCUACAAAGAUGUAGAAGACAUGUUGAAGUUCAGGCAGCAAAUUUACGAAGAAAUCACUCUACAAAGAAACAAAGAGAAAUCUGAUUUGUAAAUGUACAGUAUUUUUACCCUUUUGUCUUUCUUUAAUAUGAAGAUGAUUGAUUGUUUUCAAGCUUGUAAAACCCAGAAGCAAAAAGUACACAUCUUUUCUGAUUUCAUUGAAGUAGAAAUAAUGAAAUUGCAUUAGCAGUGUUAUUGUAGCAUAACAUUAAUAAUGCAAAAAACACAGAUAAACUAUUCUUUUGAUGAAAGAAUUAAUGAAAUAUUUCAAAUCUAUGAAAAAACUAAGAGGUGAAUUUUCUUGGGGUAUCCAUUAUGUGGUGGGGUUUUUUUUAGUUUUUGUUAAGAAUAUGGAAUGAACAUUAAUUAAGAGUUUGAUUGUACUUUGAAGAAGUUUUAAGUAGUUUUCAAUAUUGGCUCUUGCAACAUAGUGUGGCAUAGCAAUGAGUUACAUUUCCCUCUUUUCAUGGUAUCCUUUUAAAAUGGGUAUUUUAAGAGGCUAAGGUAAUUUUUCAUUAUGCUAAGCAAAACAAAAGAUUUUUUUAUAUUUGUUUAAACUUUAGCUCGUCAUCAUUUUUACAAGCAAUGGGAAAUUUUGUGUAUGUGUGCUAUAUAUAUCUUCUUGCAGAAUACCGAAUAAUUUGUGGAAAGAAUUUAUCUAAAAAGCUGUGAUCUGAAAUAUUGUAUCAUAAGUAAAUUGACGUAAAUGCACUUUCCAUAUCUCUGCAUCAUGGUCCCUUCUGAAUCAAAGAUUUCCAGAAUCUAAUGGCUCAUUAACUUAUGAUUCCAAUUCUUUGAAUCCCCUUAUGGUGCUCUCAAGACUCUUACAUCUUGUGGACAUUUCAUAACUUCAGUUCUCAAAGGAGACCAGGGCCAAUAGAAUGUUCUGGUUCAGUAUCAACAUUGAGUAUCAAGCUGUGGUAAUGCCCCCUUCAUUGUCCCAUGUUCAGCUGUGUCCGCUUGCUACGUGCAGUCUCUCCUUCAAAAUAAUGUCCCUUUUCGUUCUAUAAUACUGACAUUCACAAUAUUCAGUGGCACUGGGCAUAGCUGUUUUGCCCAGAAUUUAGAAUGUUGUAACCAUACACAGUCUCCUCUCCGACAACUCUUCCUGCCCCCUUUAGACCUUACACACUUUCCAGAAGCUUCUUAGUUGAUGAAUAUACCUGCUCUUUUUUCAUCAUCUGGGAACAUGCAGUCACAUUUCCCAACCCACAUCACCCCUUCCAUCAUGCAUUUUUAUUCUUGUGCUGACUGUGGAUGAUCCUGUGCCCUGGCUGUCCAUUUUGUGUCUGUAUGCUGCGCUAAUUAACUCUGCACACUCCACAAAGUAAUUUUAACUAUAUUUUUUUCUCAGAUUGUUUUAUUACAUUGUUACAAUUUAAAAUAUUUUAACUUUUUUCCCCUUAGAAUGUGCCCAUUAAGCUUUCACAAUGCUAGGGCAAAUGAGUUAACCCAACAUAUGACUCUGCUAUGCAUAAGUGAAAGGUAUUUGUUCAGUAGCCGGAAAUGUGAGCAAAAAAUAGAACUGCAUUUCUCAUGAAAAAUAUAUUUGAAGUCAAACAUGAAUUUUAUUUUUGUCAGUCUCCAGUCCCCUAAAAUUAAUUAUUUUUAUAUUGUAAGCAUGGAACCAGAUUCUGAUCUCUGGCACUAGUGUAAAUCAGGAGGAACUCCUUGGAUUUACUCUAGUAAAACGAAGAUGAGAAUUGAGCCCAAUAUCUUUAAUGUUUAACAAUAGUUUUAAUGACAAGGCAAUGUAUACUGAGUGCAAAAUAAUGUUGAUCAUAUCAUGGAAUUAUCAGUAAUAAAACUAUCCCUUGUUGAGUUCUCCAGAGGUUUUAGAUGAAGGGAAAGCAUAGGGUUAUAAUGUGGAAUUUGAGGUUUGGCUUGUUAGGGUAGGGAACCUAAUGAGUGAGUGCCAUGGUUCACAAAAGCUCCUGUGCUUGUGAGUUGUAAUCAAAGACUAAGUAUUAUCAGAUUAAAUUUGUACCAACCUUUUUGACAUAUCUCACAGUAACAAAGUGCUUGUAGGCUGCUUUCUUAACUCCUAUUGAUAUUUCUUGAGGCCAGUUCCAAGGCAAUGGAAUAUCUCACCAAUAUUAUUUAAUACCAAAGUUUUCCUUAACCUUCAUCAUGUGUCGCUGGUAAGACACUACUUCUUUUGGAAGGUUUAUCUACUUGAGUUAAGUCUUCUGCAUGUGAAUCGGUACAGAAGAACUAGACCCCCCAGAGACUUGCAAGGGGGGGGUUGAGAGUGUGAAUUUAAUUUAC